GGAGGGGACCAUGCCGCGCUCCUUCCUGGUGAAGACGCACCCCAGCCACAGGGCCCCCGACUACGGGCAGCUGGAGACGCAGAGAGAGCUCAGCGGCGCCUGCUCUGCCUGCGGGGGGAAGGUGGUGCCCCUCCCCCCGGACAAGGAGGCCCCUCCCGCACCCUGCGACCUUCCCCGGCCCUGGGACUGCACCGCCACCAUCGCCCGCAUCUCCCUGCCCCUCCUGCCGUGGCACGAGAGUACUCUGGGGGCCUCUGUGCCAGACCCCCUGGAAAUCAGCUGGGCAGACCCUCGGGCUGGCCGGGCCCCCAGUGUACCCCUCAAAGACAGCCUGAACCACCUCAACCUGCCCCCACUGCUGGCGCUGCCCACGAGGUGGCCCCCGCUCCUGGGCCCAGAUGGGGACCGGGCUCCCGAAAAACUGCUCGGGGCUGAGAGGACGCCGCGAGCCCCAGGCGGCUUCGAGUGCUCCGACUGCCGCAAGCCGUACCACACGCCGGCCGGCCUGGCCCGGCACCGGCAGCUGCAUUGCCACCUGCAGGCCGGGCGCGUCUUCUCCUGCAAGCACUGCGACAAGGAGUACGGCAGCCUAGGCGCCCUCAAGAUGCACAUCCGCACCCACACGCUGCCCUGCGUGUGCAAGAUCUGCGGCAAGGCCUUCUCCAGGCCCUGGCUGCUGCAGGGCCACAUCCGGACCCACACAGGUGAGAAGCCCUACGCCUGCCCCCACUGCAGCAGGGCCUUCGCCGACCGCUCCAACCUGCGGGCGCACCUGCAGACGCACUCGGACACCAAGAAGUACCAGUGCCAGGGCUGCGCCAGAACCUUCUCCCGCAUGUCCCUCUUGGUGCGGCACGAGGAGUCCGGCUGCUGUGCCGGCCCCUGA